AUGGGAUUGGAUGAUACUCUCUACGGGACAGUCCGAUCUAAUCUUCUUGCCCAGGAUCCUCUACCUACACUAAACAAAGUGUAUGCAACACUGGUGCAAGAGGAACGACUACGCACAAUAACUCGUGUGACAGAAGAACGUGGUGAAGCAAUGGCAUUUGCAGUACACUCAAAUGUCAAACACAAGGAGAGAGAAAGAUUAUGCAAUCACUGCAAUCAAACUGGGCAUGAUUCAGAAGGUUGUUUUCAACUCAUAGGAUAUCCUGAAUGGUGGGGAGAUCGACCACGUGGACCAAUGAAGGGGUCUGGACGCGGGAAACCAGAACGAUCUAAUAACAGAAAUCGAGGAGGUACCGCUAAGGCUCACAUAGCACAAGAAAAAGCGGCAACAAAAGAGAUCACUACUGAUGUUCCAGAGGCUGAUUUCGGCCUUACUAGUGAUCAAUUGCAAACACUAGCUAGCCUUUUAAACAAUGUCAAACUAGGUGCUUCACACCAUUCAACUGAGAAGCUCAAUGGACCCCACUUUGAGGAUGCCGAUUGGAGCGGGUGA